AUGACCUCUCUCUACCUCGGCACCUUCCUCGUAGCCCUCGAAACCAUAAUCCUCAACCCCAUCCUGCUAACCAUAACACGAACCUUCGACGCCAUCGGCCAUCUCGCAUGGUACGGAAGCGCUUAUCUUCUCGCACUCACGGCGUUACAACCCAUACUGGGGAAAUUGUAUAAAUUGGGGGAUGUCAAGAUGCUGUAUCUUGUUUCUGUGGGAGUAUUUGAAGUGGGUAGUGUACUCUGCGCGAUCGCACCUUCAUCCGUAGUCUUCAUCCUGGGGAGAGCGGUAGCGGGGUACGGAGCAGCGGGACUGAUGCAAGGUUCUUUUGCUGUGGUAACGAAGACUGUUCCUCUAUCCCGGCGACCCUUCUUCUUUGGACUGUUUGUCAGUGCGUUCGGGGUUAGCAUUGGGAUCGGGCCAGUGCUAGGAGGUUUGUUGGCUGAUCGCGGGCUGUGGCGGUGGUGUUUCUGGAUCAAUUUGCCCUUGGGAGCUGUGGUUAUGGGACUCGUUGUGGUGUUUUUAAGACUUGAGAAGGAAGAUCGAGCUGGGAGAGUGAAGAGCUUUAACAGCAGACAUUAUUGCGGACGCUUUCUCUUAGAGCUCGAUUUGGGAGGAAGUAUCCUGCUAGUCGCGUCCAUGUGUUGUCUCUUCAUGGCAAUGCAAUGGGGUGGCCAUCGUCUUCCUUGGAGCUCUGCCAUUAUCGUCGGCCUUUUCGCUACCUCCAGCGUUGUUCUUGUGUUGUUCCUCAUCUAUGGAGUAUACAUAGCCAUGUUCUUCCAGACUGUGAAAGAGUUCAGCGCGCAAAGGAGUGGUGUGGAGAUGUUGUUCUUGACGUUGACACAAAUCUUGACGGUGGUAGUGGCGGGCACCCUCGUCUCGAGAUCAGGAUUAUAUACUCCAUUCAUCAUCCUUGGGACUGGCCUGAGCGUGGUCGGAUCCGGACUCAUUACGUUACUCAACGUCAGCACCUCUCAUGGUGUAUGGUCGGCAUACUUUAUCAUAUGUGCCGUCUUGAAGGAGGAAGACAUGGUCACCGGAAAUGGUAAGGCUUGUUUGCGUCCUACUAUUUGGCAUCUGACUGAUUCUUCAGCAUUACUACAGUUUGCCUUUCAGCUCGGCGGUGCAGUAAGCCUCUGUAUCUCACAAACCAUAUUCUUGAGCCGUCUGGCAGUAGACAUCAAGUCCAGCAUGGCUGAUUCGCCAGUGGUUGCAUUGAAUAACAACGGAGCGAAUAAGUCGGCGUAUCACAAUGCUGUUCGGGACGUUUUUGUCUUCUUGCUGGUGACGAGUGGGCUUGCCUUGGUUGCGUCCUUUGGGUUCGAGCACAAGAAUGUCAAGAAGGUUGAAGAAGCACAGAAGACAGGCAGUACACCACGUGCGGGGGUGGAGUAGCUACCUUGUUAAGGUUAUGCUGCAAAUGCGUAUAUAUGGAGAGCCGGACAAGAGAAUGUGGAACUGACCGUACUAUGACGAUAAGUAAUGCAAUUACCUAUGGAGCAUGACUGUGAUGAGGCUGGCGAAGGCGUACGAGCGCAGAUCUUUGUGAGAUAACUCGAUGAUGCUUGGAUGGUAGCAGGUAUGAUGCAUGUGAUUCUGAUCACGAGGCAUCUUUGCCGCGUCUAAACGCUUAUGGUCCGCCGGAAUAAUAUACUGGUCACGACGCGUGACGCGGUAGGGUAAUGACCGGGGGUUAGCUUGGACAGCUCUGCCGAAGCCAGCCAGCCCCGCGACCAUCGAACAGCACUCGAGCAUCUCUCCCGACUCCAGCACGCCGCUCCGUCAGUUCACUCUGGCGCUGGUACACGGCCACAUCGCUUUCGCACACCAAUUCACUACACAAAUUUCAAGUAGCAUCCCCCAACGCCGCACAUAUCC